AUGGAUUGUGAUCAAACGCCAAAUGAUCCUCUUGUAAGACCAGAGGACUUGGGAAUUUUCCAAGGUCACUGCACAAUCCCCUCCCCAAUUGAUUUGUAUCUAAAAUAUUAUCUGUUCGCUAUUGCAGUUAGUAUAUCUACUUUUUUCGCCAAAGUUGUCAAAGGGAUAAAGAAUCGUCUUCAAGACAGUGUGAAUCGAACUUCAAACUCCGAUUCAGCCGAUAUGAACAUUUCUUAUCAGUCUAUAUCACCACCUUUGGAGAAUGUGCGUUUUCCCUCUCGACAUGGAAGUUCUUUGCAGGUCGCUUCUUCUGCUUCUUCUUCAACUUCAAAAUCAACGUCAAUAAAGACAUCAAAAACGGUUGCCUCUUCGUCAAUGACAACAAUGGAUAGCAUAAAGACACUUUCCGUACGUUCAACUUCAUCAAAGAGCAGCUUUUCUGAAUCUAAAACAAGUAGCAGCAACCGGUUGAUUGAUUCGUCUUCAAAGCUGGUGGAAAAUAUUGCCGAAAUGCAGAACCUAUUUCAACAAAACAACGUCUCCGAAUCGAUGCUGGAUCAAAUUGAAAACCGCUGUCAGAGUUUGGAGACCUAUCUUCCCCAAUGGAAAAGCAAUUUGAUCAGUCCCACAUCGACUGAGAUUGGAUGUCGAUUCAAAGAAGUCAAGAAGAGGACUAAUCUCGCUUAUCUUCGAUUAUUGAGACAGCUGGUCAAUGAAGUUGGUCUAGAUGCCGCCUUAAGUGGUUCGAUCGGUAUUCCAAUACUAGAAGCCUUCUGCUCGCGUCCUCUUUCAAAUAUUAUAAUCGACCAAUCAUCACGUUCAACGCCUGGAGGCGAUUCUACUGAGGGUCCAGACGGAUUAACUGGUAGGGUUAACGGAAGAUCUGAAAAUGAAAAUAAUCCUAUACCUGCGAGAAAUAAAUUGCGUCAUGCUGUGCGUCUCUUAAUGGCGAAGGGUAAAGACGCGGCGGAAGAUCGUGAUUUGAAUAGCGAAUUUAUGGCGCUUAUUGAAAGUGAGUUCUGA